AUGCCGAGUAUUCUCCUGGGACUGGAUACUCCUGACAUCCGUUCAAGUCCUCUGAAAAUUGUGGAGGCACAAGAUCUUCUUGCCAAGAAGGAAGCACUGAAAGAGGUUCAGGAGAAUUACGUCUUCCUGGAAAGUGAAACCAAGUCACCCAGAGAUGUGCCUGGAGGAGGAAACAGUGCUAUUGGAAAUUUGAAAAUUGCUGAAGUUGAUCCAGGUGGUUAUUUUGUAAAGAUCCUGAACUGUGCCCCUGAAAAAGAGGAAAGCAUUGGGGAUUAUCUCUUGAAGCAGGACAUCCAAGGUCAACCAGUAGCUGUAUUUCGGUUCCCCCCCGAGACAAGGAUGGGGCCCAACUCCAGCGUGACAGUUUGGGCAGCAGAUGCUAAAGUUCUUCACAGACCUCCCUCAGAUUUUCUUUGGAAGGACCUGGAGAGAUUUAGGACAAGCCGUGACUGUGCUAUCAUUCUCUGUGAGCCUAGUGGUCAAGCUGUGGCUUGGUAUACUCCUCUCUACUGGAACAGAAGGCAAGAAUGUGCGGCGAAAGAGGAAAGUGAAAAUUUUGAGAACAUUGUCAUACCAACUUUCUCAACAACAAAGCAAAAAGAGGGAUGGGAAAAUGAACAGGAGUUUACAAUGACUGAUACAGAGUGGAAGAGGGCUCACUCAUGGCAAACAAGAAACAAAAGACAAAGCUUCAUUCGAAGGUAUCUGAUGUUCAUUGUGUGUGCUCUGUAA